UUUCUGUAGUUUUGGAUUGUGGUUUGUUUUAUGGGUAAUGAUUUUUCUGUGUGUUCUUUGGGUUGAUUUCUCAUGGGUAUGGGUUGUUUUGAUUUGGACCGAACCUGGGUUGAUUCUCAUGGGUCUGAUUUGGGUUGUUUUGGUUUUGAUUUUUCUGUUCUUUGGUUGAUUUCUCAUGGAUCUGGGUUUGAUUUCUCUGUUCUUUGGUUGAUUUCUCACUUUUGGUGUGUGGGUUUUGAUUUCUCAGGUACCAAAAACACUGAUCUGCUACCAAAAACCAAAAAUAAUGCAGAGGAGGCAUUACAGAAAUUGAAUGGCACAGUAAUUGGCAAGCAAACUGUGCGUCUUUCUUGGGGUCGCAAUCCAGCAAAUAAACAGUUUAGAGCAGAUUAUGGCAACCAAUGGAGUGGGGCAUACUAUGGAGGGCAGCUUUAUGAUGGUUAUGGAUAUGCUUUGCCACCACCUCAUGACCCAAGCAUGUAUGCUGCACCAUUUGCUGCAUAUGGAGCUUACCCCAUUUAUGGAAACCAACAAGUGAGCUGAAGGAACUGCACGAGUAGUUCUAGAAAUUUGACAAUAUCACGCUUAACUGGGCGAAAUUUCUUCAUUUCUCUGUAAGUUGAGUGGCUCUAUAGAAUUCUUAAGAAAAUCCCUCCAAAUGUGGAGUGGAACUGAAUUUUGACAGACUGAACUAAUUUUGUAGGGAUUUGACUAAUGAUUUAUUUACAAAUCACUGGACUGAAA